GAGCGGACCAAGCCGUGGACAGCAAGCAACUGGUGCUAAACGGCAUGGCGAAACUCAAAUCCGAAACUCUUGACUCGAUGUCGAUCUCCCAGCAGACGGAUACCCCCAAGCAGGACUUGCUUGCGGCGAGCGCGCAGAAUGGCAGAGAUGACAUUCCAAGUUUCACUGUCGCCGCCGGGCAGGAGCUCACCCCUCUGAGCCGGGAGUACCUGGGGCGUGAAACGCUCGAGCUCGCCAAACUGACUCCGAUAUUUGGUUGGCGGCUAUGGGUGACGAUUGCCUGCCUCUGCGCUGGGCUUUUCCUCUCCAGCCUCGAGACGACUAUCAUCGCCACGGCGCUCGUGUCCAUUUCGUCCAGCCUCGGCGGGUACGAUAAGUCGAAUUGGGUGGCGACGUCCUACCUGAUAACGUAUACUGGAUUUCUGAUUAUAUUCGCCCGCAUCAGCGACAUGUUUGGCCGCAAAGGCACGCUUUGCGGCUCCAUCAUCAUCUUCACCGCCUUCUCGCUCGCGUGCGGUCUGGCCCAGACCAUGACUCAACUCAUCAUAUUUCGAGCGUUCCAGGGCAUCGGAGGGGCCGGGGUCUAUAGCCUCGCCAUGGGCGUCAUGGCCGAGAUCACGCCGCUCCGCUACCUGGGCAUCUCGUCCGGCCUCAUGGGCGCCAUCUUUGCUCUGUCAAGCCUGCUGGGGCCAAUCCUAGGAGGUGUCAUCACAUCGCACACCACGUGGCGCUGGAUUUUCUAUCUAAAUGUCCCACUAGGCGUCUCGAUACUCGCGCUGGUCUUGUGGAUAUUUCCUGUCAAUAGUGGCGUGCUGUCGCGAAAACGACAAGCUGUGUCGUACAUUGACUACCCAGGCAUGGUGCUCUCCCUGGCGGGAUCCGUCAUGCUGACCUUUGGACUCGAGGAGGGCGGGCUCGCCUACUCGUGGAACAGCCCGCCCGUCGUGGUAGCCUUUGUCGUUGCCGGCGUCGCCUUUGUGGCCUUUGGGGUCUGGGAAUGGUACAUUUCGGAAAAACGGAACAGCAACAGAAAGCUCAAGACGUUACCGCUAUUCCCGGUGCACCUUGCUACCAGGCGCGUCUCGGGGUUUGCCCUACUGACCGCCCUCAUUGCCGGAUUUCCGUUCAUGAUGACCAUCAUCUUCCUCCCCCAGCGCUUUCAACUGCAGAACGGCUUAUCCCCGAUCGAUGCAGGCAUCCGCAUGCUCGCUCUACUUAUCCUGUCGGCGACGGGCGCCGGGCUGGGUGGCAUCAUCGCAACCCGGCGCAACAUCAGCUGGUACAUCCUGGCGGGCUCGCUGGCACUGCAGCUGGUGGGUCUCGGCUUGAUGUCGACGCUGCCCACGGCGGCAGGCGAGGUGCGCGCCGCGCAGUAUGGUUACCAGGUUGUGCUGGGACUGGGUUUCGGUCUCACGCUGAGCAGCCUGGCUAUCGUGUUGCGCAUGGAGGUCGACGCAGCGGACAGCGGCGUGGCGUUUAGCGCCAUCACGCAAGUGCGGGUGCUGGGGGGCCUGAUCGGCAUUGCGGUAGGCCAGGCGGUCCUGACGCGGAGGCUGCUCGCCGACCUCGGCGCGGUGCUCCCCCCCGAGAAGAUUGCGGCGCUCCUGCGCUCGACCACGGCGAUUGCCGACUUCACCCCCGAGGAGGCAGCCGACACGGCACAGGUGUACGGCGAGGCCUUCAACCUGCAGAACCGAGUCAUGCUGGGAUUCGGCGCCGCGGGCCUGCUUGCGUGUCUCGGCGCGUGGAAGCGGCACCCUGUCGAGUUUGCCGAUCUCGAAGAGAAACGGCGCCGCGCCGCCGGGGGUGAGACUGCAGCUGACCAGACAAACCGCGCUCAUGAUGGCGGGGUGGUUGGGGGUCGCUCGUCAUCCGAUUAGACUCUGCAUAAGGUACAUGUCGGAUACAAUUAUCGAAACAACCUAGGUACCGGCUUUGUCAACAUCAGCAGAGUCUGCUCGUGGUUAUAGAAGGG